AUGGCGGGGGGACACGCGCCAAAGCGGCGGCGCACCGUCGAGGUGAUUAGCGACUCUUCAGAGGACGAGGGCAUUCAGUUAGGACGCGAAGGAGAUGAACUGGCUCGUGCCAAUGCGACGCUUUCCAAGGUGGAGAAUGGGCUGCUCUGUGGCAUUUGCAUGGAGCUGCUCGACCGCCCAUGCGUCGUCUCGCCGUGCGGCCAUAUCUUUUGUGCCAACUGCCUCGUAUCCUGGUUCAAGGUGGAGAUGCAUGUAAACGAAGAAGACGAGCAGCGGGGAACGGUACGCCGCAAAAAGGUGUGCCCGAGCUGUCGCGUGCAAGUCGUGACGCCGCCGCUGGAGCUAUGGGCGCUCAAGGGCGUAUUGGAGGCGCUGCGCGAAAGCACAAAUAGUCAGCGUGAUGCGCCCCCCAUCAGCCAGGACCUUUGGGAGGGCCUCUUUGACCCUGCGACAUUUUACCAUGUCAUUCGCGACGAGGAUGACGGCGUGCUUCGGUGUGGUGUAUGCUCGAGCGAGAUCCUUGAGGGAGAGUGUUCCAAUCCGGAAUGUGGCGUGAUCUACGAAGAUCUGACCGAAGACGAGGCGUCGUGGCACCGCUCCGAGGCGGUGAAUCACGAAUCUGAAGAGGAAGCGAAUGAUAGCGACGAAGAGGGGUCCCUUCAAGACUUUGUCGUCGAUGAUGACGAUGCCGCAUCGCAAGGAGACUAUGCGUCGUCCGACUCGGGCAUUGUCAGUGUUUCGCCUCCGCCUGACGAGAGCCAUCGGACAAUGUCUGAAUCCAAUACCCGCAAGUCGCGUCUCGACGAGCUGCGCGCCGCCCGCGCGCGCCGACACGGCAACGCAGCGCGCAUCCGCGAGCCGAGCUCGGAGGAGAGCGAGGAAAUCGGCGAGGCCGAUUCUGGCACGGCCUCGGACGCCGUCUCGGACGCCAAUUCGGACCUGGAGCAGAGCGACGACGAGGGCGUGCUCGACUACCCCGAGGCCGAGGAGGCAAGUGAUGACUACGAUAGCGAAUAG